AUGAAUCGGCGAGCUCUCGUAAUUGCCAUGAUCGCGGCUCUAGUCGCUGUGCAUGCCAAAGUUAGCUACAUCAACCAUGACCAAGUCCAACCGUUUGAUGAGCUCAAGCCUACUACCGAUUCCGAAAAGGCCGCCGUCAAAUACAAGCCGAAAGUCUAUGUCUCAUACGGUUGCCACCCGUAUCCUGCCGUUCAGGCUGAUGGUUCGGUCAGCGCUGGGCUUAAAGGAACUGGACCAAUUGAUGGGGAAUGUGGCGGCUCGGAUCUCGGCUCUCAAGUGUACUCUCGAUCGAGUUGGUACAAGGGCAAGUGGGCCAUCAUGUAUGCUUGGUAUCUCCCGAAAGGCUGGGCCUACAGAAGUCCACGUCGCCACUUUUGGGAAACUGCAGUUGUCUGGAUCGAUGAUCCCUCACCCACCAAUUCGUCGAUUCUGGGUGUGACAUUGAAUUCUGGUCUCCGCCGUAAGAAAUAUGUGCCAGUUGAAAGGCAGUAUGUUGAUGGUUCAAGCGUGCAACUCGAAUCUUGCAAGGGACGCGGACGCCCUAGACCCAUGCUGCGAUUCACGACGAUCUCAGGUGAAAGCCAGGACCUAAUUAUGUGGGAGCAGCUUACUGAUAAAGCGCGCUAUGCACUGGCCAACGCCGAAUUCGAUACUGGGUUCUUCAAGAAGAAGAGGAGGAACAUGCCUUUGAAAGACGACCGUUUCGAGAAGGGACUCGAGGAUGCUUGGCCGUUUGAGUAAUUCCAACGGCAAUUGUUUUUCAACACGACGCCAGGCAAAGUGUGCUCAUGGAGGAGACUAACGUAGUUUGGU